UCACUGCUAUCGACAAAAUAUGCAUAAAAAUUGAGAAUGGAAGAGAGGGCUUUGCGUGUUGAAGUGGAGCAGAUGGAGCUCGAUAACCUGUUGGAGGAAAUUUUGGAGCAAGAAAAUGACGCCAAGAAGGAAUUAGACUCAAAAGACCUUGAAAAGAAGAGUAAGGCAGACAAGGAAAAAGCCACAGCAGAGGAAGUGAGGAAGCGACCAAUGGAGAGAAUGGCUAAGCCCUAAAUUGAUGAUCAGGAGAACAAACAAAAGAAACCAAAGGUCAAACGAAGCACUCUUGAUGCUAUUGAUUACUUGAGAGAGAGAUCGGACAACAAAAGCGAGUACAGGAAACAGGAAUUAGAAGUCAAGAUGAGAGAAAUACAGGUGCAAGCUGAAAAGCAACAUCAAGCUUCCAAACAACAGCAGACUAUGUUUUCAGCAAUGAUGGCUCACAAGCAGCAGCAACAACAGAGCCAGCAGAAUUUGCAAGCAUUGUUAGUGGCACAACAGCAGCAGCAAAGCAAGCUUCUGAUGGCAUUCAUGGAAAACAACAAGAAAGAAUGAACUCUUUAAACUUAGUUCAAGGCUGUGAGUAACAUUUUGUCAUGAGCCAUUUUGUAAACAUUGAGUUACAUUGCACUGAGUUGAACCCCUACUAGCAGGGGUCUCUUUUUAUAGUUUUACAUUUUACUAUCAGGAAAGGUGGGCUUUGCUGGCAGUUAGAUAUGAAUUGUGUUAAAUGAACUAAACAAGGAAACAGUUGUUGGUUAAGGACAAUUUAGUUUACCCAUGCAUCCCAUUUUGGGUCCAAAGGUUGCAUUUUGUUAUAGAUUAAGGUUAUUGCACGGAAGUGCUUGCAGUGUUGUAUGUAUUUGAAAGUUUUGAUAAUAAAGUUGUUUUUUACAUUUGUAUUGGCUGUUUGUGCCUUAAAUCAGUGACUUUUCUCAUUUAAAACUGGGGGAGAGGCCAAAUUCUGAGAGGUGCCAUUAAAUACAUUGCUUUUGACUCUGCACUGCAUUCAGUAAUGUUUUUCCUUUAUUGAAAAUUUCACAAUUCUUCAUUUCCUUUUUAUAUCUAGUACUCAGUUCAUAAGCAUCUUUCUGAACUUCAUACAUGUACAAUUAAGUCAUGUGUUUUGAACAAAACUGGCUUAAUUAGCUAAUGAAUUGGAACCAUUCAAAAAGACCUGUUUUGAUGCAUGUGAUCCAUUACCUAUUGUCAACUUUGGACAACUACAAUGCAAGUAGAUAAAUAAGAAUCCAGCAAAAGAAAUGAAAAUAGGUAUUUCUUUUGUAAAAGAACCCAAUUUAUUCCAAAACAGUUAACAUUGGCUUCAUAUCUUAUAGUAUCAGCCACAGUUGCUAGUAACCUGUUCACACCAUUUCCUAAGCAAAAUAAUCCUCAAGUCUUGGUGGUAUGAGAUCAAAAAAAGUUUGUCAGGUUUCCAUACAAACAUGUCAGUGCAUUUCGAAGUAUCACGGAAACUACAUACAUUUUCCCAACACUGUUUAG